GCCGUGUCUUCGGUGUGAUGCUACUACCCAACGACACCGGCGUGUACGACGGCGGCGCGGGUGACAAUUACACCGGUGACUAUUUUAACUGCACCGGUGUUGACAAUUAUUACAACAAUUGUACCUCGCCGCCGUUGGAAGACGAGAUCGUGAAAAACUAUUGGGCUCUGGCGUUGGUCGUGUUCCCCAUACUCACCUUGUUCGGCAACGUACUGGUUAUAAUCAGCGUCUGCCGCGAACGGGCCCUGCAAUCCGUCACCAACUACUUUAUCGUCAGCCUGGCCUUAGCUGACCUCUUGGUAGCCCUAGUGGUCAUGCCGUUUGCCGUCUACGUGCUGGUAAACGGAAAAUGGGGCUUACCACCAUUUGUUUGCGAUUUCUAUAUUGCCAUGGACGUGAUUUGCAGCACGUCGUCCAUAUUCAACUUGGUGGCGAUCAGUAUAGACAGGUACAUUGCGGUCACGCAGCCGAUAAAAUACGCAAAGCACAAAAACAACCGGCGAGUGUGGCUGACAAUAGUGUUGGUGUGGGCCAUCAGUGCAGCAAUUGGCAGUCCCAUUGUACUGGGGCUGAACAACACCCCGGACCGGACGCCGGACCUCUGCCUUUUUUACAACUCGAAUUUCAUCAUCUACUCUUCCCUAUCCUCGUUCUACAUACCGUGCAUUAUCAUGGUGUUCCUCUAUUGGAACAUAUUCAAGGCAUUAAACCUGAGGGCGAGGAAAGCAAAGGCGGCAAGAAGACCGCAAAUCGGUAGGGACAUGAAACCGGGUAUCAUCAUCGAAAACGUCGCUCAAACCAGAAGGAGACUGGCCGAAACCACGUUACUGGCCACGGCUUCGUUAGCGCCCGGAAGUUCUUCCAUUAUCGACGAAGGACCAACGAACACCGGAAGCGGAAGUCAGGACGAAGAAGAAGAAGGCAAUUCGCCCGGUUCAGAUGAUUGUCACAUCAUACAAAAUGACAAAUCUACAGACUUUAUCCUGUCUACAGUCAUGGAAGAAACUGCGAUGGUGGCAACUUUGGCCACGCCGCAAAACCUGCCAGUUGACCCAAACGGCAGUUUAAAAUCCAGACCACAAGACAUAGAUCUCGUAGCUAGGGUCUUGAACCCAAACCAGACCGUCAGUUCAAUAAGUGAUAAAAUUGGAGAUAAGAUGCCCAUCAAACAAAAAGACUCUCCCGACUCGGUGGUGACAGCUACGAUGCCGGCUGAUCGGCCGAAUCGAACCACCCAAUCGAUGGUGAAGCGUUCGCUGUCGUCGAUGCUCCGAAACGGGUCCGAGGACGACAGCUCUAGGUGUUCGAAGAAGGACUUCAAGGCGUCGGCCGAGGGCAGUAGUCGUUUCACCAUUUACAAAGUGAACAAAGCGAGCCGAAAGAAACGGGAAAAGUCGUCGGCGCGAAAGGAAAGGAAAGCCACCAAAACCCUGGCAAUAGUACUGGGUGUGUUUUUGUUCUGCUGGGUACCGUUUUUCACGUGCAACAUUCUGGACGCGAUAUGCAAUAAAUUGGAAAAGAACUGUUCCCCAGGUGUACGGGCAUUCAUCCUGACAACGUGGCUGGGCUACAUGAACAGCUUUGUGAACCCGGUCAUAUACACCAUAUUUAACCCGGAAUUCCGGAAAGCGUUCAAAAAGCUCAUGAGAAUCGGCACAUGACCCGUGGCCGACGGUCUGGGCAAAAGUAUGACAAAUGUUUCCAAACACUGAGUGAAUCAUUUGUAUUCAAUAUGAUUUGUACAGUGCAAUGGUAAUUAAAACCUCACGAAAAGAACAUUGCAUAUUUUCAGCCCCGACCAAAACGCAUAAUGAUAAUAAUAACCAAACAUCAUACCUUCCAUCAGAGCAUUAGUGUAGCAAAGAACGUGCUUUACUCCUCCAAGAAAUAUUGACAUUUUUUUUAGCUAUUACACUAAUACAAAAUGCACUAACAUAUAUCAUUUCCUUUUGAUGCGAUUUUAUCUAUUAAAUUAUAAGUACAUACAAUUGAGUGUCAGAUGUUAAAACAAAUUCAUUUUCUACGUACAUAAAUUGCACUCAGCUACCUUUUUUUUGUUUGUUUUAAUGGGUGAACAUAAUGUUUAUUUAUUUCAUUAAAUAUUCCACUAAAAUUAAACACGGGGUGGUACUCAUAACUAAAAUAGUAUUAUUAUAUAACAUCAAAGUGAUAAAAUCAAAUUCGAGUAUUUUAAUUAUUUGUUAAUUUAUUAGUAUGUAUUAAAUAUUAAUCCGCUUAAAAUAAGAACUUAUUAUUAUAUAUAAACCUAUUAAAUGGUUAAUAAUUUGUGUUCUGUUAAUUACUGUUAAUAAGCUAAACGAUGAAAAUAAACUGUAUUGGAAGUUCGGUACAACCCGGGUCUGGCGACUUAAUGAACUUGAGGUUCAAAUUAUAGUAUAAGUCCUCUGGGCAACUUCAAUAACUUAAACAGAAAUAAAUGGCCUUUCUAAAAUUCGGGGUCCGUGAUAAAUAUUGACCUAUGAACAACACGUGUGAAUCAUUGAAAGUUAAUAAA